AUGAGCGCGGUCUUGUCCUGCGGUUCUCCGUCUUCGUCCUGUCUCUGUGCUGUCCCCGUAGCUUUGCUGCUUGCUGAUGCUGCUGUUGCUGCUGCUGCUGCUGCACUCGGCAAGCCAAAUGCCUGUCGGCUGGCCGAGAUGGACGGCCGUCGAUUGGAUGCCAGUCCGGACCCGGCUCUGACGGUCGUCUGCGGGGACGGAUAUACCUCUGGCAGGCCUCCUGAGACCUGA